GGGGCUUGUUGGGGAACAGCUGCUGUUGGGAGAAUGAUAGAGGAUUAGAGAUGACUCUGUACAUCUCUGUACAUCUGUGAGAGCAGAACGGAGCCCUGGGGUUCUAACUCCAUAGAGGCCCAGAAUUCCAAACUAGAACCUAGGGCUAAAUGAGAAAUGAAGGGAAGAGAACAGACUCCCUCAUCCUCAGACUCCAUGGAGCAGCCUAAGCCAACUGAGCCAACCAGUCCAGCUGAAACCUCCCCAACCUCCUGGGGCACACUGGGCUCACGAGCCUGCCCAGCCACCCCGGUCUCACAAGGCUGUCCAGCCACCCCGGUCUCACCAGCUUCUUCAGCCACCCCAGUCUCACAAGCCUGUCCAGCCACUCCAGUCUCACGAGCCUGUCCAGCCACUGCGGUCUCACAAGGCUGUCCAGCCACCCCGGUCUCACCAGCUUCUUCAGCCACCCUGGUCUCACCAGCUUCUUCAGCCAGCCCAGUCUCACCAGCCUGUCCGGUCACCCCGGCUUCACAAGCCUGUCCAGCCACCCCGGUCUCACGAAGCUGUCCAGUCAACCCAGUCUCACAAGCCUGUUCAGCCACCCUGGUCUCACGAGGCUGUCCAGCCACCCCGGUCUCACCAGCUUCUUCAGCCACCCCAGUCUCACAAGCCUGUCCAGCCACUCCAGUCUCACGAGGCUGUCCAGCCACUGCAGUCUCACAAGGCUGGCCAGCCACCCCGGUCUCACCAGCUUCUUCAGCCACCCCAGUCUCACAAGCCUGUCCAGUCACUCCAGUCUCACGAGCCUGUCCAGCCACUGCGGUCUCACAAGGCUGUCCAGCCACUGCGGUCUCACGAGCCUGUCUGGCCACUGUGGUCUCACCAGCCUCUUCAGCCACCUUAGCUGCCCAAGCCCCUCCGACUUUCCCUUCCUCAUCUUCUCUGUAUUCACAAGUCUCCAGGAUCAUCGCCUCUAGGAAACAGAGGGCAGGGAUAUGGUUUCCUCACCUCGGCCUGACUGAAAAAACCCCAGAGUCUACCACCACAGCCAUGAUGAAGCAGCCUUUCCUCCCAGAAAGUUGGCUGAAGACGGAGGGGCUGCUGCCUUCAUGCUACCGGCUCCGCCAGCAGCAAGCCGACCAAAACAACUACCCAUUUUCAAUGCACGACAACAGGCGUGGCUUGGAAUUCUGUGGCCAUGGUCUGGAUGAAUGUUUAGGGCGUAAGAAGCUGGAGCAGGUACAGCUGCACUUCCAUUCUACCAAUUUCAAUCGUUGGGCAAGUGGCUACGUGCCCACUGCAGAGGACAACAUAAGCACUUACCAAGCGUCUUAUGUGGCCAAGUCAAGACCAAGAGGCCUGUUCUUUCCACUCUACCCAAAACAUCACUCUGACAGGUGGAACGCUCCUUUUAUGUGAGGAGGGGACCCCUCUGAGGAGAGGCUGCUGGGAAGCCUUGCACAUUUCCAUCAAACUCCUAACCCCAGGAAGAUUUUCUCAUCCUUUUAUGUAAGGGUAUGAUAAAGGAAGGUCCUUUUCACUUAGCACCACUUUUGAAACACAAACUUAGGACUAGAAUGUGGACACGAUAGAGACUUUGUUUCAUAAUAAUAGUUUUGGUGUAUGUUUCUUUAAAUAGCAAAAUGUUCGUAGAAAUGAUUGUACUGGGUAAUAGGGCCCCACCCCUUGUUUAUUACAGUAAUGCCAUCUUCAUCGGUAGAUUUUUUAAAAUGAUAUUUAGGUAAAGAAGAAAAACUUAAUUAUAUAUUUUUGCAUUAUAACCCUAAUUAUGUGAGUAAGAUAUGUUGAUAAAUAGAAAUAAAUUCAUUGGGAGAACUCAUCAAUAAAUUUUGUGUUAUGAUCAAUGC